GAGGAUAUGAUGAUAGUAAAAUAGCAGGUGUAGCUCUUAUUUGUGCUGGCGGGAUUCUAUCGCUAAUUAGUGGCGCCAUUAUGAUGGCAAGGUUAGCAAACUUGCCCUAUCCAACUAUUCAAGUGAAACGACCGCGUGAUUUGAACGAAGAAAUUCAGGGAGAUCCGGAGAAUUUUACCUAA